CCUCUCGCCUACUUCUAGCUUCUCCAUUUAGAUGAAUAAAAGGUUUGUUAAUCUGUGACCCCAUUUUAUAUGUCUGGCUCAUGAUAUGGGAAACACCCUAUAUGUAUAAUAGCUAAGCUAACGUCGCCGGAUACCGAAUAUAGCGAAUACGCCGGACGUAAUUCCAGUCACUUCCCAGCAAAUACUGGGCAGCAAGGUAAUUUUGCAACCACGAUUUUAACAUCCGCGUGCGAUGUACAAAAAACAUCUUCUUCCGCUCUCUUUUGCAGCGAAAUGUUUGCGACAUAAAGUAGGCAUUUCAUUAAUUGUGUUGUUCAAAUUGAGAUUUAGAAAAAUAGCCCAAAGAAAACAAAUAUCCGUAUAGUCACUGUGGAAGUUUUUGAGACAAUAAAUGUCUUUUUAAUAAUCACAUUGGGCCCAUUUAUGCUAUUUAUGCUAGGAUUCUCUGAGACUUCUCCAUUCUUUUCCUUUUGAUGUGCAGACUUUCUCGAAUAGAUUUCGUCGCCAGUUUCUCGAUGACGAUCUUUUCAACUAGAAAUUUAAUACAUUUUUUACAUAUCAUUUUGUGGUAAUGAUAUUGUGGUCCUCAAAGGAACCACGUUCAGAACAAAUAAUAAUUUCCAUUUGCAAUCUGGGACUUCGCGAAACUGUCAUGUGUAAUGUAACAUGACAUGUAACGAUGUAACGUGUUUGCUGGGUUUCUAUAACCUCAAAUUAUUUUUUAAAUUUCAUUUUGGGAAUUUUUCAAAAGAUUUUAGAGAGUUGAGCACAUACUGUAGAAGAGGAAGGGAGAAUUUCAUAAUUAUCUUUUAUUUUUGAUGAUGAGCGAGACUUCUUCAAGUCAGCAGGAAAUUUCCGAGGGACUUGCCACAGUCAGAACAGUAGGAAAUGUUUUCUACAAUCCAGUUCAGGAAUUCAAUAGAGAUUUGAGUAUUUCAGUUAUAAGAACUUUCACAAGACUCUUCAAAGAUGAACAAGAGGAAAAAAAUAGCAAGAAGAAAAAUGAGGAUAACAUAGUUGUCACAAUAAAUAAGGAUACACCUGAGGCUGGUGUCAAAUGUGAAGAUGGUAUCACAAUUUUAGAAGCAUUAUCUGCUACAGGUUUACGUAGCAUAAGAUAUGCAAAAGAAAUACCAGGUGUACGAGAAAUCAUUGCCAAUGAUAUAUCUUUCAAGGCUGCCCAGGACAUAAAAAAUAAUGUUGCCUUGAAUGGAGUUGAAAAUCUAGUUCAACCAAGUCACAAUGAUGCAGUAAUGUUAAUGUAUGAACAUCGAAAAGAGAAGCAAUUUGAUGUGAUAGACUUGGAUCCUUAUGGCUGCCCUACAAUUUUCCUAGACUCUGCAGUGCAGGCAAUAAAAGAAGGUGGGCUGUUACUCAUAACAGCAACAGACAUGGCUGUUUUGGCUGGAAAUUCACCAGAAACCUGUUACAGCAAGUAUGGGGCAAUAUCAUUGAGGAUGAAGAGUUGCCAUGAAAUGGCUCUCAGGAUUCUAUUACAGUGUAUAGAGUCACAUGCUAAUAGAUAUGGCAGAUAUAUUGUUCCAUUGCUCUCCUUGUCUGCUGAUUUUUAUAUAAGGGUGUUUGUCAGAGUCUAUUCUGGGGCCCAUAAGUGUAAAUUCACUACAAGCAAACUCUCUCAUGUUUAUCAUUGCACAGGUUGUGACAGUUUCCUUUUACAUCCUCUGGGAAUUCUGAAGAAAAAUGACAAAAAUAAGAAUCAAGUUAAAUUUGGAAUACCCACUGGACCACCAGUUUCUGGAAAAUGUGACCAUUGUGGACAUCCACAUCAUAUUGGUGGUCCCAUAUGGUCAGCUCCUCUGCACUCACCAGAAUUUGUACAGGAAGUUUUCGAUACAGCAUCUGAAAAAUUGGGUACAUUCAGAAGGAUACAAGGAGUUCUUAGUGUGGUUUUGGAGGAAUUAUUAGAUGCACCUCUGUAUUAUACUUUGGAAAGAUUGAGCGGUACUAUACACGUUGAAAUGCCUCCAAUGAUGGCUUUGAGAUCCGCGAUCCUGAAUGCAGGUUAUAAAGUAUCCUUCACCCAUAUGAACAAGACAUCCGUGAAAACUAACGCCCCGCCCAGAAUCGUGUGGGACAUAAUGCGGUGCUGGGCCAAAGCGCAUCCCGUCUCGAAAAAGAGAUUGGUCGACGGUUCGCCGGCUUCGCACAUAUUGGCUAUAGAGCCGGAGAAAGACUACUCUUUCGAAAUACGCCCCGACGCCAAUCCGGCGUCUCGGAAGAUGGGGUACGUCAGGUUCCAAGAGAACCCGGCACCGCACUGGGGGCCCGGAUCCAGAGCCACGGCCAUGGUUGGUGAACAGAAAAUCCAAAAAAGUAGGAAUAAUCAGGGAAAGAGGAAAAGGGAAGUCUCACAGGAGAGUACAAUAGAGAAAAUGGAAUGAAUAAUAAAAACAAUCUGUUUCAUGAAAUGUGGUUUUUAUUUUAUCUGAAAAUAAAUAUAAUCCAUUUAUCCUGGUGGAUUUCAGUUAUAGGGAACCUCAAGUUUUGAGUUAAAAGUUUCCAGCCCCCUGAUUAAAUUGAAAACAAAGCUACUUUUAGGUACGAGUUUUCAUUGACAAUUAUAAAUUGUAACAAAGUAAUGAAGAAUUUUCAUCCAUAUUGGAACACUGUAUGUCGACCUCGAUAUUUAGUGAGAGUAUCCUGAAAGUUACCAUGAUACCAAAACAGUAACAUGGGUACUUAAACGGGAUUUAUAGAUUGAGGCGCAGCCGCCGUUCAUUCAAACUUUGAAAG